UUUUUUGUUGAAAUCUUGCGGAUCCAACGGAUCCGGAUCCUAAGCACUGCCUCCGGCAAUACACAACAUGGAUUUCUUAGACCACUAUUUACGAUAUAAAAUAUCGUUUGUUUCAGGCCAGGAUCUAAAGAGACUGAUGAAACGGUAGAUUUAGACAAUCCCAACAAUGCUAGGGACCCUUUUACUAACUUUAAGUACAUAGACGGGGAUCCCUUCUUGAACGAUCCACUUAGAGAAGACUGGUCCCACCGUCAAAGCAAUUCUGAUGAUCCGUUUUUAUUGAAAGAUCCGUGAAUCUAAAAUUGGGUUCAAAUUUAAAUUUACAGCUCCAUCUGAUGGAAUGAGUACAGACCGGCAUCAUGGCUCAAAUUUGCUCACGAGUUCAACGUUAGGCUUUAACUAUUUCAGCUGAAAAGCCUUGAUUUGAAAGAAAAAUGUUGAGCACACACCUGUUGAGAUUGACAUGCAGAGCUGUCCCGGCGCGCGCGCACCUUUCACUGAGCGCGCUCAAACCAGCUGUUUAUGCCAUUCAGAGUGAAGAAGAGUUUAAGAGUAAAGUGCUUGGUGGAAGUAAACCUGUAGUAGUGGAUUUCAGCGCUACCUGGUGUGGACCUUGCAAGAUGCUUACUCCCAGACUUGAAGCAGCAGUAGCAGCUACUGAAGAUGCUGUUGAUCUAGCUAUAGUGGAUAUUGAUGAUUUUUCAGAUCUUGCUUUAGAGCACGACGUGAGCGCAGUUCCUACUGUCAUUGGAGUUAAGAAUGGAGCGAUCGUUGAUCGUUUUGUUGGUCUGAUCGACGAAGAUCGUUUGGGAUCGUUCAUCGGGAAACUUAAGGAAUAAAUGCGGAUGUCUGUCAAGAAAUUAGCAGUACUCUUCUGUACUGUACUAUAUCAUACACCUGUAAAAUUGUACAUUGUACAAUGUACAUAAAAUCUAAAUGAAGUACAUUGCACAGUUUUAGUCUAGAAUUUCUAAAAUUGACAGUGAACAUAAAUAGUUAUUACUCAAAUUUGCAUAUUUCAAAAUUUGCAAUGUUCUUAUUUUUUAAUUAUUGAUUUAAAAUAUUACAUAUAAUUGUAGACUGGCAUUUUAAUUUCACAAUAAGUUUAAAUAAGUUGAAUCUUAAAUGUUAUUGUUUAGGCCUAGCAACUUGUUAACUUGGCGUA